UWRAAAUUCUCAGAAGCCUGURCAUUUCAGUGAAUCAAAGGAUAAGUUUUUUAUCAUGAGUCUUCUAAAUGCCAACACGAUGUCAAUGGAAGAWAUGAAAUCCAAACUUCWKAACUAUAAMGCUGGAGAUAUUCACGGUGUGACCAGCUUUAGGGAUGCUGAUCCAGACGAGAUGAGCGAUUUUAAUAUUCGUAUUGGCGUUUUUGGCCCCACUGGAUCCGGCAAAUCAGCUCUUAUCAAUACAGUUUCUAAAAUACUACGUGGUGCAGGAGAAGAAGUGGCUAUUUCUCAGUCGGCUGGAGGCGAGGGAACGCGAGUACUCGACGAAAUCACUUUCGGAGGCUUUUCGAUGUUGGACACGCGAGGAUUCUUUGAUAUCGAGUCUAGACUUCAAGAGACUGAAUUCUUUCGCAUUUUGUACGGAAGCGUGAGGCCUGGAGAAGAAAUUGACCGUGGUGCAAAGGGAGCUCAAAAGACGAAAUCCGUUGGGGUCGCUGCCCACAAGCUCAACAAACCUCCCCUGAAAAAACAGCUACAUGUUGUGUUAUGGAUCAUCAAGGGAGAUGACAUACGUCUUAUUACCGAAAAAUAUCAAGACAAACUGAACUUUAUACUCAGUAAACUCAGAGAUGAAGCCAUCACCAUGGUUACAGUUAUAACACAUGGUGAUGUAAUAAGCCAAAUGGACAAUGCGGAGGAAUUUCAGGAAAACAUUAGAAGUCAAGCUCUUCAGGCUACCAAAACCUGCGAGGACCAUGCCUUUGUCGUUCAAAACUGGACUGAGAAUGUGGAUCAACUUGAGGAACCCGCAGUGAAAGAAGUUUUGAAAAUGAUUCUUACUGCUUUGGAUUGCGGGGAACGGUCCGUGAAAAUGCGUCAAACUAAAAGAAAACGGCUGGAAUUGCAAAUGGCAAGACAGAGAAGUACAGCAGCUGAGUCUAGAGAGGAGCAAAAUCCCAGCGAUAAAAACUACAAAUACUACUAYAACAAUCUUUAAUGAAAGAUGACCACAGGAAGCCCAAUGRACACUGA